UCUGUUUUAGCUUUUCUUGAAGACUCUUCAACUUCUCAAACCUAAUUCAGUUUCUCACCCCAAUUUUUCUACAGUAGUUUUUCUUCUAUUCCACGACUGAUCGUGCUCCCAAACGUGGGCUUCCAACCAAAAAUCUCUAUUUUAUCUACACAUACAUAACUGCAUGAUUUAUGCGCUGUAUAUUUUCAAAACCUUUUCAACUUCGUAUUUUAUCUACUCAGUAUACCAGUCUGAUUACAAUUGAUUUGCAAAUAUGGCCACACAAAUUCAUGAUAUCAAACAAAUUUCAGGCAACUCGAUGCAAUGGAAUCUCAAAGUUAGAGUUGUUCGAAUGUGGGUAAUGCCGGAUCGCUUUAAGCCGGAAAUACCGUAUUCAAUUGAAUUGGUUUUACAGGAUUCUAAGGGUGAUCGUAUACAUGCUUCAAUCGGAAAGUAUGUUGUUAAGUUUUUUAGGAACAAGAUACAUGAACUUCGCUUAUAUCGUAUGAACUACUUUGUAGUCGGACCAAAUAAUUUGAAGUUGAGGACUACGGCACACAACCUGGGGCUGACAUUUACUCAAAAGACAUUUGUUGAGGAAACAAAUGACCCUUCAUUUCAUAUGAACAUCUUUAACUUGCGCUCUUUUGACCAACUAACAAAUCAACAUGAUGUCGAUCAGACAGAAUUACUCGAUGUUGUUGGUCAGGUUGUGACCUAUGAAGAUGUUAAGACCUACAAGCAAGGAGACAACCAAAGUGUCUUUAUUAAUGUUGUGCUCGAAGAUGAUCAGAGGAACAGGAUUUUGGCAACCUUAUGGAGUGAACUUGUGGAUCAAAUUCAACAUCACUUGAAUGAAUCUACUGAUGAGCCUUUGAUUGUUGUUUUCCAGCAUAUGAAAGCUCAAAAAUUUCGAGGUAAUUACUCAGUGCGUAGCUGUUGGUAUCAGACAAAGAUAUGGAUAAAUUCUACGUUGCCGCAAUCUAUUGACUUUAAAUCCAGAUUACUUGCAGCACGUCAAUCAAACUUUGAGCGAAUCACUCAAACAAGUUCUCAGCAAAGUUACUCUGUUAGAGAUGAGUUAGACAAAGGAAUUGUACUGUUUAAAACUAUAAGGGAUUUAGUUCAGUGCACGCAAGAAUGUAGCUAUUGGAUUGCGGCAAAAUUGGUUAAUUUGGAACUUGACCAGGGAUGGUCAUACUUGGCAUGCAACAAGUGUAGUAGAAAGGUUGAUAAAGUUGAAAAUAAAUACUUUUGUAAGAAAUGCAAUGAAGAAGAAUUUUCAUUUACUCACAGGUAUAGGCUUCAAGUUCGUGUUAUGGAUGGAACCGCUUUUAUCUCAUUGUUGCUUUGGAAUCGCGAAGCUAUGCAGCUUAUAGGGAAGUCCGCAAAAGAACUUAAGGAAAGAUUACUUGAGACUUCAAUUGCGGAUGCUGACUGUUCUUAUCCAAGUGAACUGGACGAUAUUCUUUAUAAAAAAUUCAUGUUCAAGGUUAUUGUUAAGCAAGAGAAUAUUGAGUCACAGGUCGAAGUCUACAAAGUUCUUAAGCUUACUGAUGAUGAUGACCUUCUAAAGGAAUACAAUCACAGUUUAUUCGAUGAUACUAUCACUGAUCCACAGUUUUUUGAUGGACAAAGCUCAAGUGGAGAUAAGCUUUUCGGGGAUCUUAUGGCCGAAACUCAGCUGAAGUCUGUUUUGCAAACUCCCAUCGAGAAAAGCGUAUCAGAAAGUGGAUCGUCCGUGUUAGAAGAUGGUGAUGCUUGCAAUGCAAAAAUAUCUCCUUUGAAGACGUAUGACAAGAAGACUAGAUCCGCUAAUAAGGCAUCAGCAGUAGGACCAGAUGACGACUUCAAUUCUCAACUCUCUAGCAACAAGGUUCGCAGAGUCGUUAAGAAAGAAAAGAAUCUCUGAUUGCUUUUACUGAAAUGCCUUUAGCUAUGCAAUUGUAUAUUUUGUACUUAUGUCGAAUGAAUGUGCUGCUGUUGAUAUGUGAUCUGGUGAAAUGACUCUACCUAUGCAACUUCAUAUUAUCUUUAUUAAUCAUGAAUUUAAUUAUUACUUA